GAUGCGCUGACCAGUUGGGCGAACCGCUGAGCGAGAAGUAUCCAUGCAGGAUGGAGUGGGCUGUGAUUGUAUAUACCAAUCGUCCCGGAAGAAUGAGCAACAUUUCCAUACAGUGCUCUGGUUUAGCGGAGCAUAUAUUCCUGGCGGAAUCCGCGCACUUCAAGAUCUUUUCCACGCCCGACGCGAUGCAUGCACCGCAACACCGGGUGGUCUCAGCGGGAAACUACUGCGGAUUAAUCAUCUGCCGACGUCAAUAUCGGUAUUCCGUGUCAUUUCGCCGACAGCAUCUCUUGGCCGUCUUUUGGAGAAGGCGGCACUAUAACCGCUUUCCAUUUCAUCCAGGACUUGACCAGAAGUGGAUACGUCUGGUAGUGGAAAACAAGUUCCCACCCAUCGAGGGACUGCGGAUUACCGGUGAACUGCUGCGAAAUGUCCGCCCGGGAGUGCAGCUAUGCAGUGAUGGCCAUUACCAGACUGUGGAAUACCCGGCGGCGUACACGCAGCACCAUCCCACGUUGAAACUGCAGAUUGAUGGGGAACCGUGGUGGGAGCAGCUGGGAAUCUACCCCCUGUAUUCGUGGUCCGCUCCCGGCUCGCUUGUGCUACACCACCACACCCAUACUUUAACGCUUAGUGCUAGCGGUGGAACUGGGCGCACUGUGUAGCUGGGAUUAACGAUGCCCGGCGACAAUUUACAUCUGGAUCCGACGUCAGAUGACUACCAAGUGCUGCUAAGGACAAUCUACGGGCAGUGUGACGGUAAAACCCAGGCUCUUCAAAUGGCCUUAGCCUGGCUGAUCAAGAACCGGGCGGACAGACGGGGCACCAGUGUGUUUGAAGUGUGCCGUGAGUUUCCGUGCUGGACUGGAACAGAUGAUAACCAAAUAGACGAGUCCCGGCGUCGGUCCAUCGAGAACUGGCUUUACUGGGUGUACGAAAAUCCCGAUCCGACGGAAGGAGCGCUAUAUUUGUACGACAACACCGAGAACAGGUGCAGCUGGCCAGCAGUCUGCAUAGGCGGGCAACUUUUCCGAAAGGAACCAUGACCGAUAAAAUCUAGGCACGUCGUGCACUGUAACCUGUGAAAUUAUUCCUUUAUUGUAGUGUCAACUCUUUAAAAAUUUUAUUUUCACAUUUUAUAUGGCUGACAUUUUGGCAAUAUUUUGCAAGAGGCUACUAUGGUUCGGCGAUCACGCUGAAU